GUCAAUUUUUUAAAGUCAAUAAAUUAAAAUUUUAUAUUUUUAAUUUAAAUUUUGAAAAUUUUUUAAUUACUUUUAUUAAUAAGUUAUGAAAAAAUAAAAUUAGUAUGAAUAGUAAAAUAAAUGCUGUGUUAUUCGAUCCCGGUGGAUCGGAUAUUUCUUACGGAUGUUCACGAGUAAGUGCACUAAAAGCUAAAGCUUAUGGAAGUAAAGUGAAGGCUAACGAUAAUUGUAAUGACAAUUCAAAAUUAAUAAAACCCAAGUACAGCCCUAAAGUAUUUGAAGGUAAUUGGUUUGAAGAGCGAAUUAAAUCAACUCCCACUACUCAGAAAGAUCAAUCUAAUUUGAAUACUUCAACGCAAAAUGAUUCAAAAUCACGUGUUAAAAAAAGUACGCGGCAGGCAUUUGAAAUUGCUAGAGAAAAUAAAGAGAGGAAUAAGGGUUCAGGUAAUCUUCUAUUUGAUCAGGAAGAUAAUUCAUAUUUAAAUAAUUUUACUACUUCAUAUGAUCUUACUUAUCGAGUUAUUCCUCAAGGAUUAGAUGGCCCGAGAUUGCGUUCCUAUAAUGGAAGAAUAAAUAAAUGGUUGCCAGAACAAGAUCUUACUAAGAAUUUUGGUAAUUUAACGGGUUAUGGUAUGACUGAAUAUUUAAGAGCAUUAGAACAAGAAUUAAAUUACGAGGGAAAUGAUAAACCACGUACACAUUAUCAGUGUGAUUAUACAAAAAAAAAAUUACCUGUCGAUUCAAAACGAUUUCACAGAAAACGUAUCGAUCUAAAUACUCCAGACUUAAGCGCUUUCAAUAUUGAUUUAAAUAAAUGUUGGGCACGUACUUUAACUCAUGGUUUUCAAAAAAAUAAUUUAUGUCAAAGAGUUGCUUGUGGACAGUAUUAGAUUAUUAAAAUAAAUAAAAACAAUUAUUUUAAUUAAUUAAUUAGAUUUUAUUUAAAUUUUCAUCUUAAUGAUUCUUCAAGUACUUUAAUAAGUGUAACACGUACACAAAACUUACUACUAAAUUCUUAUAAUUAUUUCUGAUUUAAUUAAAAACAAAAAAAAGAUCAAUUCAAUUCAUAACAAUAUGAAUACAAAAAAA